GCUGGAGUGUGCAAGAGUCCUGCCCUGAGCUUUGGGCAAACUUGGCCCACACUGCUCAGCCUCGCGGGCUCUAGGGAUGAGCCACCACCAAUAUGCUCUACAUCAAGCCCCAUCGUCGCCAUCAAGCUCGCCUUCGCCGUUGCUCGUGGGGAGGGUGCAUCGUCGACUGCUCCAUCAUCUAGGUCUGUCGCUUGAAGCUACGGGGAAGAGCAGGGAGCCGCCCAGACUAGGAGUGAGAUGAGCAGCCGACGCGGUCCGCCGAAGCACCAAAACGAAUAUGCUUGGAAGCCUAAAGCAGGCAUCAAGAUCAACGAAACGGAAGUCGGCGGCAGGUUCAGGCCCUUACCGGCGAUUUGCGGAGUGUGCCAACGAUGUAAAGACCAGAUCGAUUGGAAGCGCCGCUACGGCAAGUACAAGCCUCUUACUGAGCCGGCAAAAUGCCAACAUUGCUCCAAACGUGCAGUCCGUCAUGCCUACCAUAACUUAUGUUCAGGAUUGUUCUGUUUAGGAUGUGCCAAGGAGCAAAAGGUGUGCGCAAAGUGCCAAUGCCGAGUUGACCAGAUAGUUGGAAGGGAUUCUGAAGAUGUAGAGGCUGAGCAGAAGAUGCUCGAGGAUGCCAUUAAGAAUGCCCGGGAGAGAGAUAGGAGGACCCUCCUGCGGUCGGUAAGUUUCUUGAUGAAGACUUUCCAUUAAUUCAGCAUCUUGUUGUCUUCCUGUGUUGUUGUCCUGAUUUUUGUAAUUUGUUAGUGCUUAAUGAAUUUGAUAUCCUACUAGUGAAAUGGAUUAGGGAGUGGUGAAGAGUUGUCCUGAUGUUUUCUGGCAGUUGAUUUAGUAUCUUAAUUGGAAGUACGGGCUUCGAUUUCUCUGCUCCCAUAAUGCACCUAACUGCUUACUUGGCAUAUGCAUUAGAGGAUUGUCAACAAAGAACUGACAAACUGAUAUUGCUCUUCUCUUGAUUGGUUGUUUCAUGUUGUAAUCAAUCUCUGUCCAUGAAAGCCUUAGAGAUUUUGUGUUCCUUGUAGAAAAUGCUCAAGUAACCUAAUCCUUUUCUUAACAUUGUCAUUUAUUAUAUCCUUGUUAGAACAGAGGCCUUCCUGCUAUGGAACUUAUAUUGCACUCUUCAUAUCCUACCUGGUCUUUUCUUAUUUCUGGCAUUCUGUCUGACCUUGCAUCAUGUUGGGUGUGUGGUGCACAUGUUUGACCCCUUGUAAUGAUUGCAUCAGAUGGGCAAAGCUAAAACCAAGAAUUCAGCAAUGCCACCAACCACAGAAGGGAAUAAAGUUGGGGAUCUGUUUCCUACUGUAUCACUGGAAGGAUAUGCUGCAAAAGUCUCCGGUCUUCGUAUAAGUGACACUAAUAAUAAGGACCUCGAUGAAGGAGAAGAAGACCACUACUGUGAUGAACAAGGCGAACCAAGAGACGAGGAUGAAGAUAAAGGAGAGGGGGAUGAUAGUGAGGAAGAGAAUGGUGAAUCGGAAAGUGGGAGUAGAGUUGAACAAGCACUUCAACAUCAUUAGGAUUGGUAGCUAUAUAGGCACUCAAAGAUGGAAAUGUAUCACUUUAUA